AUGAGUGACAGUGCAAUUCUUUCUGGAUCCGGUUUGAGGCGUUGAAAACCUUCAGAACCACAGCAGCCAGCCGUAACUCAUUCUUCAAAUAUGUUUAUGUAACACAAAAUAAUUGCAUGCCAUCUAUAGAGCAAAAUGUAGUUAUGAUUCUCUCCACCACCACCUCUACCCUCUCAAACUCUCACUUCUGUAUCUCUCCCCUCUGAAUCUCUCCCCCACAGUACAACCACAGCACCACCACAGCACCACCACAGCCCCACCACAGCCACACCACAGCACCACCACAGUACAACCACAGCACCACCACAGCACCACCACAGUACCACCACAGCACCACCACAGCACCACCACAGCACCACCACAUUACAACCACAUCACCACCACAGCACCACCACAGUACCACCACAGCACCACCACAGCACCACCACAGCACCACCCCAUUCCACCACGCACAGCACCACCACAGCACCACCACAUCACCACCACAGUACCACCACAGCACCACCACAGCACCACCACAGCCCCACCACAGCACCACCACAAUACCACCACAGCACCACCACAGCACCACCACAGCACCACCACAAUACCACCACAGCACCACCACAGCACCACCGCAGCACCACCACAAUACCACCACAGCACCACCACAGCACCACCACAGCACCACCACAAACCACACAGCACCCACACACAGCACCACCAAACCACCACAGCAACCACACCACCAAGUCACCACCACAGCACCACCACAGUACCACCACACCACAGCACCAACCACCAACACCCACCACAGCACCACCAACAAUACCACCACGCACCACCACAGCCCCACCACAGCACCACCACAGCACCACCACAUACCACCACAACACCACCACAGCACCACCACAUCACCACCACAGUACCACCACAAUACCACCACAGCACCACCACAUCACCACCACAGUACCACCACUAUUCAGAAGACAUGUACCAGCCAAGGGACAUCCGCUAA